AUGAAUAUGUUUAGUCAUGGUAACAUUGUGGACAUUCCUGCAGGUCCGCAGAUAGAGGCAAAUAACUUUAAGUUGGGGAUACCCUUAAUCAAUAGGGUUGAACAAAAUGCCUUCGCAGGAAGAGACACUGAGGACGCAAAUCAACAUCUCACCAAGUUCGUGGAAAUAACUAAUACAACCAAGAUCAACAGUGUUGAUGAUGAUAUUGUGAGGGUAAGACUUUUUCCCUUUUCCUUAACUGAUGCUGCUAAAGAAUGGUAUGAUUGUCUACCUGCAGAUAAAACCACCAAUUGGAAGGAUUUAGUAGUACUCUUCCUCGACAAGUACUACCCGCCUGGCACCAUCUUAAAGCUGAAGUGUGAGAUCUUUCAAUUCAUCCAAGGAUACGAUGAACCUCUAUAUGAAGCUCUCGCACGUUUCAAAGCUCUUCUCCACAAAUGCCCAAACCAUGGUUUUGGAAUAGACCAUCAGGUGUGUGUGAAGUUCGCCAUUUUCAGAAAAAAUGAGUUGAUCAACUGGGCGAACGAAUGGAUCAGGAGAAAGAGCCAAAUUGUUGCGCAAAUUGAUCAAGUUGGAGCAAAUUACAUGCAGCGGGAGCACCCAAUGAGAAGACUAAUGCAUCGCAUAAGAAAGAUCCUCAAGGGCAAAGGGUAA